UUUUUUUGUUUUGGUUCUGGUAAUCUUCGAAAGUCGAUUUUAGGUCUACUUACUUGAUUGUUGGCAUAAUUGAUCUUACGAAUCAACCUUCAAAGUUCAGUUUAUCUAUCCUCUGAUAUCAAUCAAUAGCAAUCUUUAGUUUUUGAUUUCAGGUUUUUGAAAUUAGGAUUUCCCCUGAACCGAACCGAACCUUCUUAUGUCUGCUAAGAAAUUUAGCUUGAACCCUUUUGAUGAUGAUACUGAUACUGAUACUGAUGAUGAAGAUGUUGAGAAAAGAGUCACUUCAUCAUCGUUGAAUGCACAGAACCGUUACAGGAAUGAAUCAGGAGGAGGAAAUAUGGAGAAGGAGAACCAGACGGUUCAGGAACUUGAAAGCUACGCUGUGUCCAAGUCUCAGGAAACUACUAAAACCGUACAAGGGUGUUUGAAAGUAGCUCAAGAGAUUAGAUCUGAUGCUUCUAGGACUUUAGUCAUGUUGAAUGAGCAAGGAGAGCAGAUCACGAGUACUCACCACAAGGCGGUUGACAUCGAUCAUGAUCUUACUCGGGGUGAGAAGCUUCUUGGAAGCCUUGGAGGCAUUUUUUCAAGGACUUGGAAGCCGAAGAAGACUCGUUCGAUUACUGGUCCUGUCAUAACUAAAGGUGAUUCCCCUAAGAGAAGAGUUAACCACUUUGAGACUAGGGAAAAACUGGGACUGAACCAUCUACCCAAACCACAAUCAAGAACCCGUGAACCUCUCCCUGAAUCCGCUGAUGCUUAUCAGAAAAUAGAGAUGGAGACAGCAAAACAAGAUGAAGGCCUUUCAGACUUGAGCGACCUUCUUGGCGAGCUGAAGAAUAUGGCUGUGGACAUGGGAACGGAAAUAGAAAGGCAAAACCAUGGACUGGAUCAUCUUCAAGAAGACGUUGAGGAGCUUAACUACAGAGUCAAACAAUCGAACCAACGGGCUCGCCGUUUACUCCGCAAGUAAAACUAGCUCUGCAGAA